AUUUCUGUAUUUCGUCCAUCUCUCAAGAUUCAAGAACUACUCUGUCGUAGUGGCAUCUGCCAAUCCUCUACAAGCUCAAAAACCCUUUCCCCCCCCAAAAAAACCCUAGGAUUGAAAAUUUACUCGACGCCAAGGAUCCAGGAGGAAGGCCUACAGCUUUUCCGUGUGUGUGUUUGUUCUUUUACUUGAUUUUCAUAGCUCAAGAAAACUUAUAUGUAACGCAAAGACCUGAAAUUUAAGGAUAAAGAAUGUCCCAGGGCGGAUUCGGGAAGGAUUCAGGUCCAUACACAGGACCCAGACCUCAAUUAUCUAGCGCUAAUUUUCCUCGCGCUCCGUCGCCCUCUCCUCCGCGUCCUCUCUCGCAGGGAAAUGACCAAACUUUGAACCGGGGUGUCAUGAAUAUAAGCACAUAUAAGGAGCAUGGUGCCCAAACCCAUCAAAGAUCUCCUGAUCUUUUGCCAUGGGUUACUUCAAGCAAUUCAAGAAAUGGUAUCCCUGCAGAAGUUCCAGAUACGAGAGCAGCCAACUCAACUUAUUCUCGAUCUCCUGAUGCAAUCUCAAACAACUACAGGAGUGGAAGGAGAGCCCAGCCUCCUCUUGUCUAUCCGAAGAAUCAACAUGUUCAAGGGCAACAUCCUCAAACCGAAGGGAUGCUGCAGCGUCCUUCAUUGUCUCCUGUACGAGGUGCUCAACCAAGACCAUCUAGCUACAGCACACCAUCACCAGGUCAAGGAGUUUAUACAGCUCGACCAAUGUUUCGACCUAAUCACAUGGAUCAGACAGUUUUCAAUCAAACUAGAUCUCCAACACCCCCUUCUAUCCGAAAAGUUUCCCCAGAAAAAACUAUUUCCCCCCCUCCUGGCAUCAAAAGGCCUUUGAUUGACUAUAAGGACCUUGAUGCCCCUGAGACAACACCCAACCCUUCUUUGGACAUUGAAAGAAGCAUCCCUAUGCAGAAUGCGCCUAACCCUUUUGCUACACCUUCUGACAAACCUUUUACCUCUUCCCACAUGUGGCGUGGCCGGACACAGUCCCCUGAUAACAGUACUCCUCUGGUGCAAGAGAACAUGGAUUCGGUCUUUACAAGAAGAGGCGAAUAUCAAUCUGGAAAAUUAGUCUUGAUUAAUAAUGCAAGUUCUCCAAUUACAAAGCGAACAAGGUCUCCAACACUUUCACCUACCAGCGGAAGUUUCCUGGAGAAUCCUGCUACUGAUUUGAAUGGUAAUAAAAGGGCUUCUGAUUUUCAACGUCAAAGUCAAUCCUCAAUAUCUGGACAAACAAAAAGUAUUGACAUUUCCGUGGAUAAAUCCAUGCAAUUUCCCGCUGGCAAAAGAACCAAACUACCACUUUCAUCUUCAUCUGACUCUGUUUUUCAAGAAAGCUUGGAUACUGCACAAGAGACUGAGCGAGAAUUGCUUGCCAAAGCGAAGCGAUUAGCCCGAUUUAAGGAUGAAUUAAGCCAACCUGUGCAGAGUAGUUCCACAGUCAGAAACCAAAACAUUCCAGCGAAAAGAAGUCAAACUUUGCAUGAGAGACAAAAGUUCUCAGAUGACCCAACUGCUGAUGAGAUGGGAGAUCGUUCUGGUGGUAAUUUCCUCUCAGACAAUGAAGGCAUGGUAUCGUCAAGUGUUAUUGUUGGAUUAUGUCCGGAUAUGUGCCCAGAGUCUGAGAGAGCUGAACGCGAGAGAAAAGGGGAUCUUGAUCAGUAUGAACGUGUGGAUGGGGAUAGAAAUAUGACCAGUGAAAUUCUUGCUGUAAAAAAAUACAACAGGACUGCAGAGAGGGAAGCAACACUUAUUCGUCCAAUGCCAAUCUUACAGAAGACAAUGGACUAUCUUCUGAAUUUGCUGAGUGAGCCAUAUGGUGAUAGAUUCCUCGGAUUGUAUAACUUCUUGUGGGAUAGAAUGCGGGCUAUUCGCAUGGAUUUAAGGAUGCAACACAUUUUUAAUCUAGAAGCCAUCACUAUGCUGGAGCAAAUGAUAAGACUGCACAUAAUAGCAAUGCAUGAGUUAUGUGAAUACACAAAAGGAGAGGGAUUCUCGGAGGGGUUUGAUGCACAUCUCAAUAUUGAGCAGAUGAAUAAAACUUCUGUCGAGUUAUUCCAGCUUUACGAUGAUCACAGAAAGAAAGGAGUACAUGUUCCAUCAGAACAGGAAUUUAGAGGCUACUAUGCACUUCUCAAGCUCGACAAGCAUCCUGGGUAUAAAGUUGAACCUGCAGAGCUGUCGCUUGAUCUGGCUAAGAUGACCCCAGAAAUUAGGCAGACGCGAGAAGUAUUAUUUGCUCGUGCUGUUGCCAGGGCGUGCCGAACAGGAAAUUUUAUAUCAUUCUUCCGGCUUGCCAACAAAUCUAGUUAUCUUCAAGCAUGUCUAAUGCAUGCUCACUUUUCCAAGUUACGCACCCAGGCUCUUUCUUCGCUACACUCCGGUCUACAGAUGAACCAGGGAAUUCCUGUUGCUCAUGUUGCUGGAUGGCUUGGAAUGCAGGAAGAGGAAAUGGGGGAACUUCUGGAAUACCAUGGUUUCUCAGUAAAGGAUUUCGAAGAACCUUACAUGGUGAAAGAAAAUGCAUUUAUCAAUGCUGAUACUGAUUUUCCUAUCAAGAAGUCGAAACUCGUUGACAGAAAAAGGUCGGAGACAAUAUCCAUUGAUGUGUCACUCCCUUCACUAAUCGAAUCAUGUGCUGCUAAGGAAGCACCUGGAUUCCUGCAAAAGAAGGUUCCCAAGCCAACAAUAUCUAGAACUAUAACAUCCUCUGCCCCUACGACUAUGAACAAGCUUCAAGAUGAAGAAAUGCUCGAUUUGGGCACCAUCUCAUCCCCAAAAGCCAGCAUCCAGCCGUCCAAGAAUAAAACUCAUGUUGCUCUGGUGACACCAGAUGAAAAAUUGGUUGGGAAUGAUGCUCGAGUGACUGCAGCAAGUCCAGUUUCCCUAAAUUUCCCCCAUGUUUCUGCAGAAAUUACUCAAAAGAGGGUUGACUCUCCAAAGAGGCCAAUGUUCGAAUCUGUUUUUAGGAAUUCCUUUGGUAGAUCAAGCAAGCAAUAUUCAGAACCAAUAUCUCCAAUUUCAGUCGACAUGGCUGAAGAAAUAACAAAACUUGGUACACCACGUGAUUCUGCUGUUCACACUCCAAUACCACAGCCAAUGUCCACCGAAGAAUUGGAGGAUUCAGAAGAGCCUAUUAGCAGAGAUGAAGAUGAAUCCGAGGAACUGACAACAAGCUAUUAUGACCAAGAAGUCGCCGAAGCCAAGCUUAGAUUGAUCUUGAGGAUAUGGAAACGACGCACAGCAAAGAAAAGAGAAUUGCGUGAGCACAAACAACUAGCAGCAAAUGCUGCUAGGAGUCUGCUAUCUAUGGGCCCUCCGUUGUGGCAAUUUGAAGCUCCAUUGAGAAAUUACGGUACAAUUGACAUCGAUCAUGUCAUGAGUGAGCGAUACGAGAUUCAAGAAAAAUCCUCGGCGGUGUUGAAUCCUUCCGAUGUGGUAGCUGCUAAACUUCGAGAAAAAAAUCCCAACGCCGAAUGCCUUUGCUGGAAAGUGGUUGUAUUCUCUCCCGAGGAGAUUCCACACGGAGACAAUGUCGGGAAGAACAAAGCGACGCAAUCAUGGUUUCAUUCUAAGCUUAUGCCUGCCAAAUCUGACAGCAAUACCGAAUGCGAUCUUCUGGUUUCGUCUCCCGGCCUUGCUAUAUGGAGGAGCUGGAUUCCCAGCCUCUCCGGCGUUGACCUGACCUGUUGUCUUUCAGUUAUCAAGAGUGCUACGCUCGAAGAUCUCAACGAGGCAAUAACAGGAACCGGUGCGAUUCUAUUCCUUUUAUCCGACGAUGUUCCGUUAGAGCGCCAGAAGAAACAUCUCCAUGAUCUUGUCGCUUCUCUGCCAUCUGGAUCGCGAUUUCCUCUUUUAAUCUUGGAUGGGUCGGGGAAGGCCGAGUCGGAGGCCUCUAAAAUUGCUAAAGCUUUAGGGCUUCACGGCAUUGACGAAUCGAGGGUGAUUGCGUAUAACCUCGCUUUCGUAAAGGACGAUGAUGAUAGCGGGAAAAAGAUCGGCGGAUUCUUCAGCGACGAGCGUCUCAGGGAAGGGCUCGAAUGGCUAGCUAGUGAGUCGAUGCCGCAAAUCGAUCUGAUUGAGAUGAACACGCGAAAAUUGGUUCUUUCGCACUUGAAUCCGAGCCUCGAGAUUCUUGAUGGGAUUACGGCUCACCAAGUUGGCCCUAACGACUGCAUUUCAGCUUUCGACGAAGCUUUGGAUAAUUCGAUGAAAGAAAUCUCUGCCGCCGUCGACGCUAACCCCGCUGGUUGGCCGUGUCCCGAAGUUGAAAUGCUCGAGCAGUCGAGCGAUGAGUACAGAGCUGUAUCGUGUUAUUUGCCGAGCGUUGGAUGGAGCUCGGCUUCGAGAAUCGAAGCGUUGAUGCGCGCUUUGAACGAUUCCGUGCUCCCGCCUCUUGGAGACAAUUUAUCUUGGCUGCCGACAGGAUUGAAUACCAACGAUGAUAUCGAGAUCCAGACGUUGCGCGUUGAGAACUGCCUUGUGAACUAUUUAGCGAAGGAGAGUCGAAUGAUGGGGUUAGCGUUGGCAGAAAAAGAGUCGACAAUAAUGAUUCAGACGUGUACCCGGCUCGAGCUUCACGGCAGCGCCUAUUACGUUGUUCCGCGAUGGGUUCCGAUUUUCCGGAGGAUAUUCAACUGGCGGUUAGUGAAUUUAAACGAUGCAGAAGUGUCGUCGACGUAUGUGCUACAGCAGCGCCGUUUAUCUGUGCCGAGUCGCCGUUCGUCGGACAGACUGGACUCGAUGGGUUAUGCGUAUUCGCCGCCAUAUACUGUCGGCCCGUUACUCGAUGAAUUAGUCGACGUCGGGUGCCAUUCGCAGGUACUGAGGUCGAAUCUAACGGAGAGCGAAGUCUUUCCGCUGCAGUCGAUCGAUGUUUUUGAUAACGAUAAAAAUGACGCAGAUUUACGAUUCGGCGAUGCUAUUGUCCCGAUAUCAAAUGAAAACGACGACAAUGCAGUCGCGGAAGAGAAUGGAAACGUCGACGAUACGAAAUCUUCGACAGAAGCGAAUAAGUUGAGCGAAUUGCUUGACAAGUGUAAUAUUAUUCAAGACCUAAUUGAUACGAAGCUGUCGCUAUAUAUCUAGAGACGGAUACCGUUUACAGUUGAUCGAUUUUUACUCGGCCA